UUUUAUUUUUAAUUUUCAGUCGGCGCCGGUUAAGAGAUCCGCUUGCUUUCCUGCUGAGGAAGGGAUCAUGGAUGCUAUCCUCAGGUUGUAGCUGAGACCGGAGCAGGAUGCCCCCUGGGAUUGCUUGCCCUGUAGAAUUUUGGUCCAAAGAAGCGAACCAGAGCAUUCAAGUAGACUUCCUCUUACCCACUGGCAUUUACUUGACCCUCUCCAUUUCCUGCAAUGCAAGUCUUAACACCAUCAAACAGAUGGUCUGGCACCAUGCUCAGUUUGAGCCCCUCUUCCACAUGCUCAGUGGCCCAGAGUCCUACGUCUUCACCUGUGUCAACCAGACAGCCGAGCAGCAGGAGUUGGAGGACGAGCAGCGGAGGCUCUGCGAUGUCCAGCCCUUCCUGCCGGUCCUGCGGCUUGUGGCCCGUGAAGGCGACCGAGUUAAGAAGCUGAUCAACUCUCAGAUCAGCCUCCUCAUUGGCAAAGGCCUGCAUGAGUUUGACGCCUUGUCCGACCCAGAAGUGAACGACUUCCGCACCAAAAUGCACCAGUUCUGUGAAGAGAGAGUGACCAGGCGGCAGCAGCUGAGCUGGAAAGCCUGGAUGGAAUACAGCUUCCCUGUGCAACUGGAACCCUCGUCCAGCAGUCUCGGAAGAAAGAGCCCCCUCCAAGUCCCCAACAGGAACAUCUUUGUCAAUGUUAAAUUUGAGUCCGGAGGGGAAAGUUUCACCUUCCAGAUCUCUCCCAAGGAAUUCCCCGUGACACUGAUGAGCUAUGCUGUCAAGAAGCAAGCCACAAUUUUUCGGCACCAAAGAAUGAAUAGCCCGGAGGAAUACGCCCUGCAGGUUAACGGGAAAUGUGAAUAUCUGUACGGGAACUACCCUCUGUACCAGUUCCAGUACAUCCGUGACUGUUUGCACCGUGGCCUCCUGCCACAUCUCACAAUGGUGCACUCCACUUCCAUCAUGGCUCUGUGGGAAGAACAAACCAAUGGGAUCACUCAUCCCUCAAAAGCGUCCCCCAAACCUCCUCCAGUCCCCAAGAAAAAGCCCAACUCCACCUCUCUGUGGUCACUUGAGCAGCCUUACUAUAUCGACUUGGUGCAGGGCAGUAAGGUGAAUGCUGAUGAACGGAUGAAGCUGGUGGUCCAGGCGGGCCUGUACCACGGCCACGAGAUGCUCUGCAAGAUGGUGUGCAGCUCUGAAGUCAAUGUCUGUUCGGAGCCCGUGUGGGGGCAGAGGCUUGAAUUCGAGAUUAACGUCUGCGACCUACCUCGCAUGGCCCGGCUGUGCCUGGCGCUCUACGCCGUGGUGGAGAAAGCCAAGAAGGCAAGGUCUACCAAGAAGAAGUCAAAGAAAGCUGACUGCCCAAUUGCCUGGGUGAACAUCAUGCUGUUUGACUAUCAAGACCAGUUGAAAACUGGAGAGUGCUGCCUGCCAAUGUGGUCAUCAUUUCCAGACGAGAAAGGAGAGCUACUGAACCCAACGGGCACCGUCCAGACCAACCCCAAUACGGAAAGUGCCGCAGCCUUGGUCAUCCGCUUCCCUGGUAUUUCGCUGUACCCGGUCUACUAUCCGUCCUUUGAACAGAUCAUGGAGCAUGGAAGGAACGGGCAGUGCCCCCGGUACAUGUCGGAGGACCCAGAAGAGAAACAACAGCUGAAAGAGAUUCUGGAGCGCCGAUCUCACACCGAACUCUACGAGCACGAGAAAGACCUUGUGUGGAAGAUGAGGCAUCAGAUGCGGGACCAGUACCCAGGUGCCCUGGCGAAGCUGCUGGUUGUAACCAAAUGGAACAAACACGAAGAUGUUGCUCAGAUGAUCCACUUGUUACAGUCUUGGCCGGAGCUGCCCGUUCUCAACGCCUUAGAGCUGCUGGAUUUCAACUUCCCCGAUCGCUACGUAGGUUCCUUCACAGUCAACUCGCUGAAAAAGUUGACAGAUGCCGAAUUGUUCCAGUACCUCCUCCAGCUGGUUCAAGUGCUGAAGUACGAAUCUUAUUUAGACUGCGAAUUGACCAAGUUCCUGUUGGACAGGGCCUUAUCCAAUCGCAAAAUAGGGCACUUCCUGUUCUGGCACCUCAGAUCUGAAAUGCACGUCCCAUCUGUGGCCUUAAGGUUUGGCCUGAUCCUAGAAGCUUAUUGCCAAGGGAGCACCCACCACAUGAAAUCUCUGAUGAGGCAGAGUGAAGCCCUCAACAAGAUGAAGGCCUUGAAUGGCAUCGUCAAAUUAAGUGCCCUAAAGAACCCCAAGCCUCAAACUAAGGAGUUCAUGCACACCUGUUUGCGGCAAGAGACCUACCUGGAAGCUCUCUCCAACCUUCAGUCUCCCUUGAACCCCAGUGUCAUCCUGGCAAAAGUCAGUGUGGAGCUUUGCACUUUCAUGGACUCGAAGAUGAAGCCUCUGUGGAUCGUGUUUAACAAUGAAGAGAUAGGCGGCACCAGCAACGUGGGGAUCAUCUUCAAAAAUGGAGAUGAUCUCCGUCAGGAUAUGUUGACCCUGCAGAUGAUCCAGCUGAUGGAUAUCCUGUGGAAGAAAGAAGGGCUAGAUCUCAGGAUGACUCCUUAUGGCUGCCUUUCCACGGGAGACAAGACAGGACUGAUAGAAGUGGUCAUGGACUCGGACACGAUUGCCAACAUUCAGCUCAACAAGAGCAAUAUGGCGGCCACUGCUGCCUUCAACAAGGACGCCCUGUUGAACUGGCUGAAGUCCAAGAACCCAGGUGAUGCGCUGGACCGAGCCAUUGAGGAAUUCACGCUCUCCUGUGCUGGAUACUGCGUCGCCACCUACGUGCUUGGCAUUGGAGACCGCCACAGUGACAACAUCAUGAUCCGAGAGAACGGCCAGCUGUUUCACAUUGAUUUUGGUCACUUCCUGGGAAAUUUCAAGACCAAGUUCGGGAUCAAUCGUGAGCGGGUCCCUUUCAUCUUGACCUACGACUUCGUCCACGUGAUCCAGCAGGGCAAAACCAGCAACAGCGAGAAGUUUGAAAGAUUCAGAGAGUACUGCGAAAGAGCCUACAUGAUCCUCCGAUGCCACGGCCUCCUCUUUCUACACCUGUUUGCACUGAUGAAAGCAGCGGGGCUGCCAGAGCUAAGCUGCUCCAAAGACAUCCAGUAUCUCAAGGACUCGUUGGCAUUAGGGAAGACGGAUGAAGAGGCAAGGAAACACUUCCAACUCAAGUUUAACGAAGCCCUGCGGGAGAGCUGGAAAACCAAAGUCAACUGGCUGGCUCACAAUGUGUCCAAGGACAACAGGCAAUAGUUUUCUCUAAGCCUCUUCUUUUAUCUACCUGCCAGGCGCCCAACACAUUGUACGCGUG